GUUAUCGUUCUGAACUCGCCAGUCGAAACCGUGCGUCUACUAGGCGUAGUGUGACCUGUGAAAAUGAGGCUCUUCCCCGUGCGAUUGUCCAACAUCAAUAAAAUGUUGGAUUUCUAUUCCCAGUUCAACCCAUCUCCAUUGAGCAUCAAGCAGUUCAUCGAUUUCGGUCUCAACGCAUGUCCACGAAAAUCGUACGUGUUCCUGCGGAAGGAACUGCCGGUUCGUUUGGCGAAUAUUAUGAAGGAGAUUACACUACUGCCGGAAAGUCUCCUUCGAAUGCCAUCCGUUGGUCUGGUCAGCGCAUGGUACGUGAAAAGCUUCGAAGAAGUGCUCGCAUUCGAGAAAACAGAUCCAUCGGAGGGCAACCUAGAGAAAUUCUGCAAGUCGCUCAUACAAAUCCGCGACCGGCACUCCGAUGUCGUGCAGACCAUGGCCCAGGGUAUACUUGAGCUGAAAGAAAGUCGCAACGGAGCGAUAGAACCGUCGACGGAGCUCUCGAUUCAGUACUUUCUCGACCGCCUGUACAUGUCCCGUAUCAGCAUACGCAUGCUCAUCAAUCAACACACAAUAUUGUUCGGUGAAAUACCACAAACUGGACGACAUAUCGGCAGUAUAGAUCCCCUUUGCGAUCCUCACAUGGUGGUACAGGAUGCAUACGAAAAUGCACGCUUUUUAUGUGAUCAAUACUACCUUGCUAGUCCGGAGCUGGAAGUCAUAGAGCACAAUGAGAUCGACAAGGGGAAUCCGAUCAAAAUAGUGUACGUUCCCUCUCACCUCUAUCAUAUGCUAUUUGAGCUGUUUAAAAAUUCAAUGCGUGCCGUCAUGGAGCACCACGGCACGGAGAACGAUGUCCCACCGAUCAAGGUAACUAUCGUGAAGGGAAAGGAAGACAUCUGCGUCAAGAUGUCAGAUCAGGGCGGCGGAAUACCGCGAUCGCAGGUGGAUCAGCUGUUUAAGUACAUGUACAGCACAGCUCCGCAGCCGCCAAAAUCGAAAACUGACUUACCGCUGGUUCCAUUGGCUGGUUACGGAUACGGUUUGCCAAUUUCGAGAUUGUACGCCAGAUACUUUCACGGCGAUUUGGUUCUUUUCUCGUGCGAAGGCUACGGCUCGGAUGCAAUAAUUUACCUCAAGGCAUUUUCGGACGAGGCGAAUGAGUUGCUCCCGAUAUUUAAUAAAACCAGUACCAGAUUCUACAAAGCAACAGUACCAACCGGUGAUUGGUCAAACCAGAACUCCGAUAUGAACUCCAAGCAAAUGAAUGCUCAAACGAGACGUGCUGGUUCAUUUAGCACCAACACAUAAUCUCCUUCCGUGGGCGAGGAUAGUGAGAACGGAGAUGCAGAACUUAAGUAAACACAUCAUAUAAUCGUGUUUAUAAGUAUGAAUAUAACCAAAUCCGAAUAAACUAAAUGUAAUACCCUGAACUCAUUGCUUAUGCU